AUGCAUCCACAGAAUUUCACCAAGGUCUCUGAUUUCAUCCUGGAGGGUGUUUUUGACAACCAGGGUCUCUCUAUUGCAAUGUGUUUGUGCCUCUACUCAGCUGCCAUCCUCAGCAACUCAUUUGUCAUUCUAGCUACCGUUGUCCACUCACCCCUGCACACCCCUAUGUACUUUUUCAUCUCCAACCUGGCCGUCCUUGACUUGGUGGCUAUCUCCUCAGUUCUGCCCAAGAUGUUGGCGAACCUGAUCGUGGGCAAGAACACCAUCUCCUUUGAGGGCUGCAUAGCACAGCUCUACACCUUCACCUUCUCAGGCUCAGCAGAGCUCACCCUGUUAACAGUCAUGUCUUGUGACCGGUACCUGGCCAUCUGCUGGCCCCUUCACUAUGUAACCAUGAUGAGCAAGAGAACCUGCAUCUCUUUAAUGGCUGGGGACUCCCUCAUCAACACCCUUCUUGUGGCACAGCUGGACUUCUGUGGGCCAAAUUUAGUCCAAAAUUUCUUGUGUGAGUUACCCCCGGUCCGUGCCCUGUCCUGUAGCUCAACCUAUCUCAGCGAGAUCAUGGUUUACAUGUCAGACAUUGUCUUAGGUAUGGGAAACUUCCUUCUGGUCAUUCUCUCUUAUUGUCUCAUCAUCAUCACCAUCUUGAAAAUCCAGAGCUCUGCAGGGAAGUGGAAAGCCUUCUCCACCUGCUCCUCACACCUUGCUACUGUUGGCUUUUUCUACUCCACCAUCAUCUAUGUCUAUAUCCAGCCCAUGAGCACUCCACUACAGAAGAAAAACAGAGCAGUGAACAUCGUGUACGCUCUGGUGACUCCCACCCUAAACCCUCUAAUCUACAGCCUGCGCAACAAAGCAAUCAAAGAGGCCUUCUGGAAAAUUAUUCCAUUUCACAAGACAAACUAA